AUGGCGACGGAAAGCUCUUCGUCCGUCGCAUCAGCGGAGGUGUCGGGAGGGGAUCACGGAGGUCUCAAGGUCGGGUACCACACGGCGCAAGGCCUGCGCGACAGCAUGGAGGACCAUCUGGUCGUGAUCCGAGACAUUCCCGGCGGGUUUCUCUACGCCGGCAUCUUUGACGGCCAUGCGGGAAGCGCUUCCGCUCGAUUCCUAAAGGACGAGUUGUACAUCGACUGCAUGGACGCGUUAGAAGGAGGCGCGUUACUGUCGGACGAGGAUCUCGAUGCUGUGGAGGAAGCGCUUCAAGACGCCUUCAUUCAGGCGGACCAGAGGCUGCUGCAGUGGCUGGCGGAGCACAGUGAGGAGCCGGAGUCAGGGUCCACAGGCACGGUGGCGUUUGUGCGCAAGGAUCGCCUUUUCAUCGCUCACCUCGGGGACUCCCGCGCUGUGCUGGGGGUGGGUGGAGACACGGAGGACCUGUCUCAGGACCACAAGCCCCAUGGGGAGUCACCGAUUGCCAAGGCAGAGAUCAAGCGGAUUGAGAAGGCGGGCGGAUGGGUGAGUCAAGGCCGCGUGUGUGGAGUGGUGGCAGUGUCUCGUGCCUUUGGCAACGCCAACUUCAAGACACGACGCGAACAGAUGCUGUCAGAAGGUGUGAAGAAGGGCCGCUGGACCACCCGCUUCGUUUCCAAGCGCUCGUUUCAGAGCGAUUGGAUCUCUGCCGUGCCGGACGUGUAUGCUGCUGAGGUGGAGGAGGAUGCCGAGUUUGUCAUCAUUGCGUCCGACGGGCUCUGGGAGGGCGUGAAGAGCUCGGAAGCCGUGGCGUUUGUUCGAAGGGAGCUGGAAAGCCAUGGUGACAUUCAACAAGCAACAGACAACCUAGCCAGUUUUGCGCUUCAGGAUCGGAAAGGCGAGGACAACAUCAGCAUCACACGACAGAGCGCGCCGAAACAGGCUAGAGGCCGCAGCGUGAGUGGCGGAGGAGUGGACGGCGACACGUGGAGAGGGGGCUGGGAGAGGGGCGACGCGUGGAGAAUGGCCGGCAAGGCGAGUUCCGCGAAGCUGCGUGAGGCGUUCAAGUACUGCGUGGACCAAGUCAGGAAGCAUGACUCGGAGCACUACAUCGGAGCACUGUACAUGCCAGCACAACACAGGCCCACCCAAUUCGCGCUCAGAGCAUUCAAUGUGGAGACCUCAUUGAUCCCGGACAGGGCUCGGGAGCACCGCCUUGCCAUCAUUCGCCUCGCCUGGUGGAGAGACGCCCUCACCCGCCUCUUUCAGGGCCAGCCCCCGGAGGACCACCCAGUGCUGGUGGCGCUGGGGGCAGUGCGGGAGGCGCGUCCCUCCCAAUUAACGCAUUCCUUCCCUUCUCAACCCCAGGCCCCAAUUAACGCAGGCCAGCCCCCGGAGGACCACCCAGUGCUGGUGGCGCUGGGGGCAGUGCGGGAGGCGCGUCCCUCCCAAUUAACGCAUUCCUUCCCUUCUCAACCCCAGGCCCCAAUUAACGCAGGCCAGCCCCCGGAGGACCACCCAGUGCUGGUGGCGCUGGGGGCAGUGCGGGAGGCGCGUCCCUCCCAAUUAACGCAGCCCCAAUUAACGCAGUUCCUUCCCUUCUCGCUGGCCCAGCUCCUUGAGAGCCACCCUGGCCAGCCCCCGGAGGACCACCCAGUGCUGGUGGCGCUGGGGGCAGUGCGGGAGGCGCGUCCCUCCCAAUUAACGCAGCCCCAAUUAACGCAGUUCCUUCCCUUCUCGCUGGCCCAGCUCCUUGAGAGCCACCCUGGCCAGCCCCCGGAGGACCACCCAGUGCUGGUGGCGCUGGGGGCAGUGCGGGAGGCGCGUCCCUCCCAAUUAACGCAUUCCUUCCCUUCUCAACCCCAGGCCCCAAUUAACGCAGGCCAGCCCCCGGAGGACCACCCAGUGCUGGUGGCGCUGGGGGCAGUGCGGGAGGCGUGUCCCUCCCAAUUAACGCAUUCCUUCCCUUCUCAACCCCAGGCCCCAAUUAACGCAGUUCCUUCCCUUCUCAACCCCAGGCCCCAAUUAACGCAUUCCUUCCCUUCUCAACCCCAGGCCCCAAUUAACGCAGUUCCUUCCCUUCUCAACCCCAGGCCCCAAUUAACGCAUUCCUUCCCUUCUCAACCCCAGGCCCCAAUUAACCCAGUUCCUUCCCUUCUCAACCCCAGGCCCCAAUUAACGCAGUUCCUUCCCUUCUCGCUGGCCCAGCUCCUUGAGAGCCACCCUGGCCAGCCCCCGGAGGACCACCCAGUGCUGGUAGCGCUGGGGGCAGUGCGGGAGGCGCGUCCCUCCCAAUUAACGCAUUCCUUCCCUUCUCAACCCCAGGCCCCAAUCAACGCAGUUCCUUCCCUUCUCAACCCCAGGCCCCAAUUCACGCAUUCCUUCCCUUCUCAACCCCAGGCCCCAAUUAACGCAGUUCCUUCCCUUCUCAACCCCAGGCCCCAAUUAACGCAGUUCCUUCCCUUCUCAACCCCAGGCCCCAAUUCUCACAUGCUGGUGGCGCUGGGAGCAGUGCGGGAGGCGACGGGAAUCACCAAGCCGUGGCUGCUUCUUGAGAUGAGCACCUGA